UAUUAAGUUACAAAUAUAUAUUCUUUCGGUACUAAUUGCCCACGGCCACUAAUUUAAUGAUGCCAAUAGUAGAAAAAUGACGACAUAGCCUGCGACAUUACCAGAUCAGGUGCGACAUCAUUAACCAGUUUUCAAAACCCUCUAGCAUAAGGCAGGAGGAACAGGUAAGAACCCUUAAACUCAAAACUGAUAGUUCAAAAUGAAGUUUCAAACUGUUUUUAACUCAAUUGCGUUAUGUGCAAGUCUAUCGUGGGCAAUUUUGCCAAAUGUGCCACCCCCACCAGCGGAAGGCUAUGAUGAGACCGACCAUCAUCAUGAUUUACCAGGUCCAUUAUCAUUACCAAAUUUAUUGGAACUCGAAGAUUUCUCAGUUUUGCAGAAAAGUUGGACUUCGUUGGGAAAUUUAAGACUUGAUACAGGACGAUUAAUUGUGGAUGCGACUCCCGAUGGGUUCGGGAGUGUAUGGUCAGUGGAAUCAUUGAAGGGUUCUGCCAAUGAAUGGACGGUCGAAUUAGUGUUCAGAUCCAGUGGAGUUCAUCAGGAUGUCGAAUACGGAGAUACUAAUGGGAUAUCAUUAUUUUUGAUUGACCCUCAAAAUUCGAUUCCCAUAGAUAGUACUAAUACUCAAAACUAUGGUGGACCAUUACAAUUCGAUGGGUUCCAAUUCUUAAUAAAUAACAAGGAAAGUAAAGGGUUGAAGAUAUUCAAUAAUGAUGGAUCCAAAGCUAUUCAGAAUGAUAUUGCAUCUUCAAUUGGUCAUUGUUCAUUCAACUUUUUGGAUUCUCAAGUUCCCUUCACCUUAAGAAUCUCUUACUCUGCUCAGAAGAAAUGGUUUAAAGUUCAAAUCGAUAAUAACUUAUGUUUUAAAACAGAUCAAAUUCAAAUUCCUGAUAGUAUUAAUGAUUUUAAAAUGGGUAUUUCUGCCAGUUCUCAAUCGAAUGAGAUAUAUGAAAUCUUGAAAUUUAAUGUGUAUGAUCACUUAACUACUGAUGCUAUAGAUGAUCAUGGCUUAAUAUCUGAUGGUCAUGUCGUUGCUUAUGAAACUGUUACUAAGCAUGAAGCUGCAGAUUCACCAGCAGCUACUGGUGCUGAUUACGUCAGACCAGAUGUGAUCCGUGAAUCAUUAUUGGAGAAGAGUAGACAGCUUCGUGAACAACUCAUUCAGGAAGAAUUAGAACUUGUAACUGAAGCUAGAAAGGGCAAUAACGACCAUUAUGAGACCAUCCUCAAAGAUAUCCUCGCCCAUUUAGAAAACAUUCAGAUCAGAAUCGAAAGUUUAGAUAAAAGUGAAGAUUAUGAUUUCAAAGCUUUGGUAUCCAAACUUCAGGACAUUUCAUCAAUUCAACAUCAACAACAAGAACAAAUUGGACGAUUAGAAUCAGAUAUAUCAACUUUCAAGAACAUGAUAACUCAAAAUUUUGGUGAGAUGAUAGGUGUAGUAACUAAACUAAAUGAAAAGGUCAUUGGUGAAGUCAGAGAACAACAUUCAGGAACAGAAGAAGUGUCUAAGAAAGUAGAUUUAUUAAUGAGAAACCAUAAAGAAAUUGCUUAUCAAUAUCAAAAGCAGACAUCUGAAUCAUCAGCUCAUACAACUGAUGUUUCAAGAUAUCUUGACUUCACAGUCAAAUGGAUCUUAAUCCCCGUAGUCAUUAUAGUCAUUGUACUUGUUGUAGUCGUUAACAGACUCAGAAAGGAAGUCAAGCAUUCUAAGAUGCUUUGAUCAUCCCAAUUACCUUAUAAGAUUUGCAUAUAGAAUUAAAUACUAUAAACCUA